AUGCCGGAGCAGAGCAACGACUACCGUGUGGUGGUGUUUGGGGCCGGCGGCGUGGGCAAGAGCUCCCUGGUCCUCCGCUUCGUCAAGGGCACCUUCCGGGACACCUACAUCCCCACUGUGGAGGACACCUAUCGUCAGGUGAUCAGCUGUGACAAGAGCGUGUGCACCCUCCAGAUCACCGACACCACGGGCAGCCACCAGUUUCCCGCCAUGCAGCGCUUGUCCAUAUCCAAGGGCCACGCCUUCAUCCUGGUCUACUCUGUCACCAGCCGCCAGUCCCUGGAGGAGCUCAAGCCCAUCUACCAGCAGGUGCUUGCCAUCAAGGGCAGCGUGGACGCCAUCCCUGUCAUGCUGGUAGGCAACAAGAGUGACGAAACCCAGCGUGAGGUGGAGACCACGGAGGGUGAGGCGCAGGCUGCAGCAUGGAAGUGUGCCUUCAUGGAAACCUCUGCCAAGAUGAACUACAACGUCAAAGAGCUCUUCCAGGAGCUGCUCACCCUGGAGAAGAAGAGGAACAUGAGUCUGAGCAUCGAUGGCAAGCGCUCCGGCAAGCAGAAGCGUGCCGACAAGCUCAAGGGCAAGUGCAGCAUCAUGUAG